AGAGCGAGCUAGUCUGAGAUGUCUCUCUGGAUUACGCGAUGGAUGCGAAGCGGGCUCCCUCCCAUGAUGAGAAUGCCAAAGAAGGCAGCAGCUGCAGCAGUGGAAAAGAAAAAGAUUGUGCAAGAGUUUGUUCCUGAAACGAGCAAGCCAGGGGACGUCAUUCCCGGUCUCAACUACAUGAAAGAUGGAAAAGAUCCUGUCAUUAUGGAGGACGACAAGUAUCCAGAAUGGUUGUUUGAACUCUUGAAGCCAAGGCGAACGAUGCAGGAUUUAGAAAAAGAUGCAGAUAAAGAUGUUCACAGUCUGACUUAUCAAGAACAACGGAGGCUGAUGAAAUUGAUCAAUCGGCAAAGGAUCAAAACCGAGAACGAGAGAAAGAGUAAGGCUUAGACGGUCUUAGCUUGCAGUCACAAUAUCCUCACGUGUGCACUCGACGGGGCAUGCGGAAGAUGCCAGCGGUGAAGAUGCCAGCGGUGUCAACGGGCAAAGCGAAUUAUAGUUUACAACAAGGGAAUACAGUGCGAGCUCGACAGGA